UCCACUGUGCACAAUGUCAAACAUGAUUUGUGAACACUAGUAGCUCUAUAAAUUCAAGACGCCAGAGUUGCUAUCUCGGAUAUGCUAGCUGCUAUGGAUUUUGUUGCUUUCCAGUUUUCAACAACUACUACAUUUUUUGGUUACAAUAGCAGCAGUCUUAUCUUUUUCUUCUUUUUACCAUCUAAUGCAAUACAUCUCAAGAAAUAAGAAGUCCUUGAGAUCAAAACAGCCGCCCGAGCUAACUGGUUCAUGGCCUCUAAUCGGUCAUCUUCAUUUGCUGGGUGGAAAACACCAGCUACUCUUUAGAAGUUUUGGAGACAUUGCUGACAAAUAUGGUGCAGCCUUUACCAUCCGACUCGGUCUGCGUAGGGCACUUGUUAUUAGUAGUUGGGAGGUAGCCAAAGAGUGUUUCACUACUAAUGAUAAGAUAUUCACGUCUCGUCCACUUUCAGCAGCUUUAAAGUACAUGGGUUACAACAAUUUAGAUUUUGGUUUUGCACCUUACGGACAGUAUUGGCAGGAACUUCGGAAAAUAGUAAACCAUGAGUUUCUCUCACACUCUAAGAUAGAGUUUCUGAAGCAUGUCUGGGACUCUGAGAUCAAAACAUCCAUUGAAGAAUUAUACAAUAAGCUGUGUUCGAAUGAAAAAUCUACGGUAGAUAUGAAACAGUGGUUUUCCAAUUUGACGUUGAACAUAUCUUUGAAACUCAUUGUCGGGAAACGGUACUUGGGCAGUUGUUCUGUCAGUGAUGAUGAAGUGGAUCGAGCUAGCAGAUGUCAAAAGGCUGUGAGAGAAUUUUUUAGGUUGGCUCGGUUUGUGCCAUCGGACGACUUAUCUUGUCUUAGGUGGUUAGACUUGGGAGAUUACGAGAGAGACAUGAAAAAAACUGGAAGAGAACUUGAUGUAUUGCUGCAACUAUGGUUGGAAGAACAUAAAAUGAGAACGAAGAUAUCAUCAUUGCCAUCCAUACGUAAGAAUAAGGACUUGAUGUAUCAGAAGGAUGCAGCUGGGGAGCAAGACUUCAUGGAUGUAAUGCUCUCCAUACUUGACGAUAAGGACGUUCACACAAAGAUAUCUGAUUCCGUCGAUGGUGAUACUAUUAUCAAGUCGACGUGCUUGACUCUAAUCCUGGGAGGAACAGACACAGUCAUGGUGAGUUUACUGUGGGCUCUAACCUUAUUAGUGAACCAUCCAGACGUACUGGAAAAAGCCGAAAAUGAGCUGAUAAUGCACGUAGGAAAGGAACGGCAAGUGGAAGUGUCGGAUAUAAAGAACCUCCUGUAUCUACAGGCCAUUAUCAAGGAAACUAUGAGACUAUACCCACCGGGUCCACUAUCAGCUCCUCGCGAAUCCAUGGAAGAUUGUACUACCGCUGGAUACCACAUUCCUGCCGGAACCCGUUUAAUUGUCAAUAUUUGGAAGGUUCAACGUGAUCCGCAGGUGUGGUCAGACCCAGAAGAAUUCAGGCCGGAGAGAUUUCUGACAGGUGAGCACUUGAAUACAGGUAUAGGACCUCAAGAUUUCAAGCUAAUGCCAUUUGGAUCCGGCAGAAGAAUUUGUCCGGCAAGCUCGUUCUCGCUGCAGAUUGUGCACUUAACUCUGGCUCGUUUGGUACAUGGCUUCAAAUUUAAGACGCCUUCAGAUGCACCUAUAGAUAUGACUGAGAGUUCAGGAUUAAAUAAUGUUAAAGGCACCCCACUGGAAGUUCUUAUCACCCCAACCCUCUCUUCUAACCUUUAUCAAUUAUCAUUCUGAUUAAGCAAAAUUGCUAAUACUCUACUAAGUCUAAGUAAUCCACUAAAUAAUAUUGCAUCGCUUGCUUUUCAAGCUAUUCAGUUAUGGUUUCCGUUAAAUUUAUCAACACAAUAUGCAAGUAUCUUAAGUCAUCGUCAAAAAAGAAUUAAUUGGUUGUCAUUUAAUUUGAUGAUGUAUGCUUAGAUUAUGUGUUUUGAUACAUCAUGCUUA